AUGGUCAUUAAUUGCUGUGCAUGCCACAAGCAGUCCAAAGCUUUAUACUGUGGUCACUGUAUUAACACGAGUCCGAGCUUACUGUUGAAGCGUAAAAUCGAGCUUUAUCAAAUCCGAGCAUCUAAUGAACAAUUGCGGGUGCAAGUGGACAAGAUCCUCGAAUGCGCCAUGAAUGACGCUUCUGAAUCCCAGGACGUCCUGGGAAAACAUUUAUCGAUGCUCAAGACGACGCAUUUGAAAAGAAAGACUAAUAAAUUUCGCCUCAAAGUUGGGCAAGUGGAAGACAUGGUUAUAGGAAAACGAGAGCGUGUACGACAUCUCCAACGUGAACUCCAACAAAAAGUCAAGAAACACAGCGGCUCUGAGCCAUGGAAGACUUAUUCUGAAAGCCCGGGAGAUCGGUUCCAGUCGUUCCAGGCAAAGUUGAAGCAGUUACAAAAAGUUUUAGUGUCUUCUAAGUCCCACAAAUUCCAGGAACUGGUUCGCCUUUUUUUAAUUCGACAGAGGGCUCAUCCGGAAUUUCCAUACACUAUUAGCUUUCAGCCUGUCGUCAAUGUUCAGAAUCUUUAUCGACUUCCUCAGAAUGUUAUAGAAUGCUCGUUACGCAGCAUGUGGGAGUUUUUAUUGCUGGCAGGCCGCAUUUUGUUGGUGGAGCUACCCUUGAAGAAACCUACCAAAGAUGUUUUGGAUAACCUAGCUGGCAUCGUGCUCAAUUUGUUAGUGCUGUUACUAAGUCUAAAGUUGAUUCCGCAAAGUUGCAGCGAUAAAAGAGUUCUCCUAAGAAAUCUACUGAGGGAUUACGACGUUGACAAGCUAUUCUACUGCUUGGUUACUAACAAGAACAUCGAGACAGACUGCAAGAGCAAAAUAGAGACCAUCAUAAAUCAUGACGUCUGUCAUGCCGAACUGCAAUCUCUUCUCCAAGGUUCGAGCGAAUUAAGCGUUUUAAACAAGUCAAUGGACGAUAAGUGGUUUCUUGUGGGCUGA